UGGGUGGAGAGAGGAAGUGAGCGGACGGUUCCGACCUGGCUCCGUGCCUGGAAGCGGGAGAGAGCGGGGAGAGGGGAAGCGAGGCAGCGGCACAGCCGAGCCGCGGACUGGAUGCGUGUGAUCCCCGCCUUGGAGACCUGUGCAGAGUGACUUUGGACUGAAGGCUGGUUCCCGGGCACACCUCCAGAGGUGGGGAGAGGGAACUUUAUGUGCUGAAUGUAUGUAUUCUAGUGGCACUGACUGCUACCUGUUACUUACCCUUUGCCUGCACGCUGUUACACUCUGAAGGUGUUCCAUUCCUGGCCUGUGAACCAGAUCCAGCCUGAAGAGCUGUGUCAUCUGGGUGGUGGUGGAAUAGUGGUGGGAUUAAUUGCCUUUUCACAGCUAGACAUGGACCCCUUCUAAUGCUUUUCUCUUUCCAGUAUUUCUUAUGAACUACCAGGAAUCUUUAUGAGCAAACUUUAAAUUGAUAAUUAUAGAAGAAGGGCCUAAGGUUGCAGACUGCAGAACAGAUGUGGGAAGAUGUUGGCUGUGGACACGGGGCUUGUGGAGGAGUGGUUAUCAGAGUUCAAGACGCUGCCAGAAGCAUCAAUAGCUAGCUAUGCUACAAAUUUGAAAGAUAAGAGUUCUCUGGUCUCAUCUUUAUACAGAGUUAUUCAGGAGCCACAGAGUGAGCUGUUAGAACCAGUUUGCCACCAGCUUUUUGAGUUCUAUCGCAGUGGUGAGGAACAACUGCUACGGUUCACGCUGCAGUUUCUACCUGAAUUAAUGUGGUGCUACCUUGCCGUCUCAGCCAGCAGAGACCUGCAGAGCAGUGGUUGCAUAGAGGCCCUUCUCCUAGGAGUUUACAACUUGGAAAUAGUGGACAAAGAAGGGCACAGUAAGGUGCUGAGUUUCACAAUUCCAUCCUUGUCCAAGCCUUCUGUGUAUCAUGAACCUUCCAGCAUUGGUUCCAUGGCUCUUACUGAGGGAGCUCUAUCCCAACACGGUUUGUCCAGGGUUGUGUACAGUGGACCUCAUCCUCAGAGAGAGAUGUUAACAGCACAAAAUAGGUUUGAAGUCCUCACAUUCCUCCUGUUGUGUUAUAAUGCUGCCCUAAGCUACAUGCCAGCAAUCUCUCUCCAAUCAUUGUGUCAAAUUUGCUCAAGAAUCUGCGUGUGUGGAUAUCCUCGCCAACAAGUGAGAAAAUACAAAGGAAUAAGUAACAGGAUUCCAGUUUCUUCUGAAUUCAUGGUCCAAAUGCUAACUGGGAUUUAUUAUGCCUUUUAUAAUGGAGAAUGGGAUCUGGCUCGUAAAGCUAUGGAUGAUGUUUUGUAUAGAGCCCAGCUGGAAUUGUAUCCAGAACCACUUCUGGUUGCUAAUGCAAUAAAGGCUUCACUGCCUCAAGGUGCCAUGAAAUCUAGUAAAGAAGGUACUAGGUGCAUUCAGGUUGAAAUUACACCUACUUCAUCUAGAAUAUCAAGAAAUGCUGUGACUAGCAUGUCUAUCCGGGGGCAUAGAUGGAAAAGACAUGAUAAUACUGAUCUAGCAAUUCAAGAAGAACUGAUAGAAGUAUCUGAAAAUGAUGAAGGGUUUUACUCUAGGGCUACUUCUAGCUCAAGCCAGUCUGCCUUAUCAAACAGCAACAACACCAGCAGCAAGAUCCUGUUAGGGAAGAACCAGCGAAGAUCUGGAGGAAGCAAAGUUGGGGGAAAAGAAAAAGAAGGUGCUGGAGAAGUGUGCAGAGAACAGUUUUCUCGCAAACAAACUCAGCGAGCCAUGAGCGAAAAUCUAGAGCUUCUGUCCUUAAAGAGACUGACAUUAACUACUAGCCAAUCGCUGCCUAAGCCUGGCAGUCAUAGUUUGGCCAGAACUACUACCACAGUUUUUAGUAAAUCUUUUGAGCAGGUCAGUGGUGUUGCAGUUCCAAGUAACCGUGGUAGUGGUAGUAGUGUGUCUGGUACAGAAGUAAACAGGUUUUCUGCAUGUAGUCUGCAGGAAGAUAAAUUGAUUUAUGGAAUAGAAAAAACAGAUGUCCCCAAACAAUCAAAUCAGCAGCGACCUCCCAGUAUCAGUAUAACACUGUCAACUGAUUGAUGUCUGACAGACUGGUCAGUAUGAAAAAGGAAUUUAACAAAAUCUCUAAUGUUGGUCCUCUCUACCUUGUGUGCUCCCCUCUUAAAUGCUAAACACCUACAUUCUUUAUCUUGUAAAGUUCAGCUUGAAUUUGACAGUAACAAAGUCUAGAUUGCAAUCUUAGCUAUUUUCUAUUAAAUUUUAAAUGUUAAUAGUGUAGAAAUAGCUCUUUAAGUGGUUUGAGUUUUUUUUUAAGUUUACACCCCCUAUAGUUGCAGUUGUUAACAAGUAUCAGCAAUUUCUUCUUUGCUACUCAGUUUCUUUUGGAAAGGUGGCCAUCUUGGAAUGAAAGUUUGGAACCACAUUGUAACACUCUUGUAUCAUAACACCACCACAAGCCAAACCAUGCCAGAGAAAGUGUUUUAGUGCGAGAGGGGUACUUUUGAUGAAAGGCUAUAGCCUCAACAUACUGUUGCAUGGAGUAUGGCUGCUGUUGUAACUGUGGGCCACAUUUUAAAAACUCUAUUUCUGUCUUGCGCACACUGAAAUCAAAAUCAAAAAAAUGCAAAUUGGAUCUUUUCACACAUGAUGCUUCUUUGUAAAUCCCAUCUUUGAAAUGUGGUCUAAAAAGUCAUACAAUGGAAGAACAAACUUCUGGCGGACAGGAGUGUUCUGUAACCUCCAGUAUUGCCAUCAUAAAAGUGACUUAGUAGCAUAGUGAAUUUCAUGUUUAACUUUCAGUGACUUCCUUACAGAUGUUUGAUCCAAAAAAACCAAAUUUGUUGUUCUGUUGCUUCAAAGUGGACUUUGAGGAUAGGGCUUUUAUUUUUAGCUCAAGAGUUUUUUGGGGAUUUGGGGGUUUGUUUGGGUUUUUUUUAACAAAUCCUUUAUAUAGAAUUCCAUCACUUUUGAUGAGUGAGCUAGAGAUUUCAGCUGCUUCUCUGGGUGGCAAUUACAGUCUCUCACUUUUUACUAUUGCCACACUUGAAUUUUCCUUGAUUUCUAACAUCUGUGUGCAAAAAAGGUAUGUUUUUUCUUGUCAUUUGUGAAAGGAGCAAAUUGUUCUCCCUUACCUGCCCUUCUGCUUUCUUUAUGUCCUCCAGCCUAGUAUGCUUUAUUGCGCAUCAUGAAGAUUAGGCACUAAGCUGCUGCUUGGCAUCAUUGUCAUCAGACCCUUUUUUAAAAUAACUUUGGAGAAAAUGUGUUCAUUAAUAACAGUGUCAGCAUUUUUACAUUGAUCUUGUUAGCCUUUGCUUUUAGUCAAGCAAACCAGUUAAAGGAAUUAAAAUGCUUAAAAGUAAGAAUACUGUUAAAAGAUGUGCACAAAUUAAGUAUCUUGCAAGCACAAAAGCAAAUUUAUAUUGUUGCUGGUUAGAACUUUUAGGCUUCUGUGUCUCCAUUAUUUUGCUAGUUUAAAGUAUAAAAUAGCAAUGUGCUUUAAGGUAACUAUAGUAGUAGUGAGAGGUAAUGUUAAGAUAGCUUUAACAGCGCUUAAUAAUUACAAUGUAUAUGCAAGUGAGGAGAAGAAAAAGCUGGCAAUAAUUGCUCCUUGUAGUUAGGGAGUGUUUAUAGUGUAAUGUUGUGGUCUUUCUCUCCUCCCACCUCCAGGUAAAAUGAAGGAAUAAUUCAUAUCAUUUACACUCAGCCAGAUUUCUACAGUCAAGAAUAUAAAGGGUGCUGAUAUCACAGAGCAAGUUCCAAAGCAUAGGAGAGUUUCCCUAGUUGACUUUUACCUUGUGAUACCACUCUUUCUUGAUUUGAAAACUAAAGCACAAAUUUAAGCAGGCCCAAAUUAUACUGUCUUUCUCCUGAGCAGCUUUUACGAAGAAGAGGUGAGAGGAUGUAGAGGGAGUAGUGUAGUAUGAAAUGUUAGUUGAUCUUUGGUCAUAGCACUCGGAAGCACUCAAACCACAAGUGUCUGAAGUGUAACCAGAAGCCAAUCAGAGGUUUAACUAGUUAAUGCCUACUGAGUUGGAAUUCUACUUUUUGAUCAGAAAUUUCUUCCAGGCUGUUGAGAAGAAAUCUUCUUGUUGGAAGUUCUAGUGACCCUUUGCUGGCUCUUAUAGGUAGAACUAGCUGUCUUCAUCUGAUUUCCUAGCUAUAGGGUAGUGUUUUGUUUCUUUUUUUAACGUUUUGCUUGAAAUACCUGUUUAAGUUAACUUCGUAUUUAAUUUCCUAAUGCCAAGAAAACUCUGUUUUAUUCUGACAGUAUUAAGAAUUAGCUUUGAGAAGACAAUGGUAUUUUAAACGGUUUCUUCUUUUCUAUUUUUUAGAGACUGAUUUUGAAUUAUCUCCAUAGUGAAACUUUUUGAGAUUCAGUAUUUAUAGAAAGGCCAAAAAUUAUUGUACUGGGAAAACAUAGUAAUUUUAUUGGAAAGUUUAUAAAUUAAUAGAAUUGGUUCUUGAAUUGUGUCUAAAAUGCCAUAGGAUACAAGUGGGUAACUUAAUGUUUACAAAGCUGUUGACUAUUAUUAGCACUAUGGAUCAGGUGGUAUUUGCUUAAAAUAAAACCAGUUUAUUCCUUA